AUGUCUUCUGUGAAACUUGACCAAAACAACAAGAAAGAGGACGAAAACGCCAAAUGUGGAAUGAUGAACGUUAGCGAAGAUUCAGCCACAGAAGUCAAAGAUAGAGAGGAGCAAGAUGGAGGAUACUUUGAGGCCAUGAUGGAACAGAACAACGAGGACGAUAGUGAUGAAUCCAUUGACUCGUUUGUGAGGAGGACGGAAAAGGAGAGCAAACAGAACUUAGAACGCGAGAUGAAGUUCCCAAAGAAAAAGGAGGACGUCAAAGCAACGGCCGAGACCACAGAAAUGUCACUUAAACCAGAAAGUGUUGAAUUGACUUUGCAUGAUACAAGUGAAAAUGGAAAAGAUAAAAUGAUGGAAAAUGAAGGAAAUAAUGAGAUGGCAGGUGAAGGUGACGCUGUAGGUGAAGGUGACGCUGUAGGUGAAGGUGACGAUGAGGUGAUAGGUGAAAGUGACGAAGAGGUUAUAGGUGAAGGUGACAAUGAGAUGGCAGGAGAGGGUGACAAUGAGGUGAUAGGUGAAGGUGACGACGAGGUGGAAGGUGAAAGUGACAAUGAGGUGAUAGGUGAAGGUGACGACGAGGUGGAAGGUGAAAGUGACAGUGAGGUGGUAGGUGAAGGUGACGACGAGGUGGAAGGUGAAAGUGACAAUGAGGUGGUAGGUGAAGGUGACGAUGAGGUGAUAGGUGAAGGUGACGAUGGUUUGAUGACAAGUGAGGGAAAGGAAGACAAUGUGAUGAUGGAGGAGGAGGAGGAGGAGAAGGAUGAAGUAGGUGAAGAAGAGGUGGAUGAUGGAUUAACUGGGAGCCAUGAAGAAGGUGUGGAUGGUAAGGGGAAGAAAAAUGUGUUGCCAGGUGAAGAUGGUGAGAUGACAAGAGAGGAAAAAGAAGAUUUGAUGAUGGGAGAUGAUGAUGAUGUGAUGAUGAAGGAAGAUGAAGCAACAGGUGAAGAAGAAAAGGAAGAUGUUAUGACUGAUGAUGAUGAUGAAGAAAGUGAUGUACUGGGCAGUGAAGAAGAUGACAUUACAGCAGACGAAGAAGGGAACGACGUGAUGACUGGGGAAGACGACGAUGAUGACCUAAUGGCUGGGGAAGGAGGAGAAUAUGAUGACAUGGUAGAUGAUGUUGAGGGUGACAUGAUGGCUUAUGAGGACAUAGAACUGGGGUCGGAGUCCUCUGGGGGCAGCGAGGGCACCGAUUCACUGUCAAACAGUUUUCCACGCAGUAAAUACCCCGACACAAUAGAAAAAAAUGAAAGAAAAGAAGAUGCCAAGAAUGAAAAUGGUAAAACUAGUCAGUCGAAGGUCGAUGAGCGUGGUCUAGAAAACCGUGAGGUCCAGUCUGAUGAUAAAGAUGAACUAAGCACAAGUGGAGGUGACCAAACAGAGACAGAGACAGAAGGUGUUAAUAAACAAAAUAACUCACAAAAUGAAACUGAGAAGAGUGAUUCAAUAUGUAAAGGUAAUGAAGAAAACACAGCAGCAGAACAAGUGAACGCAGACAAGAACGCUGUAGACCGUCGGGAAACAUUAACCUCCGAGGAUCUGAGAGACGGCGAGACCAGCGGGGAGGUUACCGAGGCCGACGAAGACUGUGAAUCUUUAAGCAACGAUGAAGUCCCUAAAGUUAAUAAUUUGGAAACGAAGCAAGUGGUACACUCCCCACCGGCCAUCACCAUCACCAAGUGCGGAAAUGAAAAUCAUCAUAACUACACUCGGGUUGAAAUAUCGAAAAAUGAUGAAAGUGAUGCACAAAACGAGCAAGUGAAGACGAUGGAAGUUCCCGAUGAGGUAGAAGAACCAGAGCAAGAGGCAAAUGAAGUGAAAAGUGAUAGUAGGGGUUUGGGGGGUGAGGGAGGUGAGGGAAUUUUAGAACUGAAAAGUGAGGAAUGUGUGAAAAUUGCACAUACAACAAACAAGAGUGGGGUAGUGAACACAGAGAUCAAGAGUGAAGAAGAUAAGAAACACCAAGUUAUCAGUAAAAAUCAAGAGAAAAAGGUUAGUGAGAGUGAGCCAAGUACAGAUUUGGAUAAAGGUUUAAGAAGGUCGACCAGGACCCAAAUUUUUAUCAGUAAAGAAAGUGGAAUUACUGUUAAAAAAAAAUCUGAUGGAGAUGGAAGUAGAGCAGUUAGCAGAGAUGAACUAGCUGGUGGUGAUGGUGUUACCUUGGUUAAGAAAACUGUGUCAAACAUACAGAGAGUUAAGAGAAAACUCGAGGAAAUCCAGGAAGUGUCCAAAACUGAAGAGGACGCUGCUAUAGAGGAACUCCACAAAAUGAAGAGAGAAAAGACGGAGAUACUGAACAAAAUAACGUCGGAGAUGGGGAGGUUGAAGAGUCUUUUGACUAAAGACAAACUCCUGGAUCAAGAGAAAUGA